UGGGAGACGAAAUGUCGGCCCAAUGGUUUCAGAUAGUAUUAUAAAUAGUGGUGUUUGGUGCGAUUUAACAUUGAUAAGUCUAUUCCUGAUAGUUUUUUAAAUGUCACAGUACCACGUGAUUGUGAUUGGCGGAUCAGCAUCAGGCUUGCAAGCCUGUUUGACGUUUGGCAGGGCCUACUUAAACGUCCUGUGCAUUGAUUCUGGUUACCCUUGCAACAGGUACGCCAAAGAGUCGCACAAUUUUCUUACGCACGACGGAUCGUCGCCGGCCCAGAUCAUAGCCAAAGCCAAAGAACAGCUGCAGAAGUAUCCUACCAUCAAGUUGAUGGAGGGAACCGUGCGGAACGUGUGCAAGGAUGUUUCUAAGGAGGCCGUUAAACACCCAUUUCGAGUCGAGGUAGACUCUCCUAAAAAUGGCACAUCCAACUCGUUUAUGGCUUCACGCGUCUUGUUUGCCUCUGGACUAAACGACAACGUUGACAAGAUACCAAUUGAGAACAUUGAAAAAUUCUGGGGAAACUACGUUAUCCACUGUCCUUUCUGCCAUGGAACCGAGUUCAGGAACGGCAAGACGGGAAUCUACUAUACGAAUGCAUUACAUCUUAAAUUCAUGCUGCCAACCCUGCACAACUGGAGUCAAGAUAUCGCUGUGAUCUGUCCCGACGAUGUUUAUGGCUCCUUGGAAGCAGAUUUUGUUUCGGCUAUGCAGCAGAAAAGUAUCUCUUUACACAAGGGCAGAGUUGUCAAGUUAGAGCCACGAAGCAGUGAGGAUGGACGACUGGGCAGGGCAAUUCUUGACGACGGCACCGCAAUCGAGCUCGAUGUGCUCUACACGAUUCCACCUUCAACCAUCAACAAUAAGGAGAUUAUUACCAAGCUGGGCGUUGAAUUGGACGAGAUGGGACUUAUUAAAGUCUCUCCCCAGCAGAAGACGAACGUGGAGGGCGUUUUUGCAAUCGGUGACAACACUACCCGCAUGAGAGCACUGGCCUUUGUAGUUGGCCAGGGUAUGCUUGCAGCAUCCUCCAUUUGUCAUGAAAUCCUACACGAGCGCUGGAACGCGUAAGUUAGUGGUCCCUUUAAGAUAUCGGAGUGAGAUUUUUCAGUGUCUAGUCUAACUUUAAUUUUUCUUGUUAUUUGAUUGUCGUUCAUCGAGUUGAAGAGAUUUUAAGGAAAUGAAAAUGUCCCUCCAUAUAAAAUGAUCCUUCCAGCAUCCAAAGCGUAGACGAAGCUAUCAGCCCUGUGGACUGAUUUGUAAGAGAAAUGGCACCCCCUUGUCCUAUAUCUCGCACCUAUAGUGCCCCCUCGUAGCACCCCCACCUUGUGCCCCACAGUUACCUUUUGGACCGGAAUACAUUUCCAAUAUGCAGAGUCAAAUUAAUUUAAUUAAUUUUUAUUUUUCUACCAUGUCCAACGACACCUAUGCCACCCCGCUGUCGUCGCGGUACGCGUCCAAGGAGAUGUCGCAGAUCUUCUCUCUGCGGAACAGGUUCUCCACGUGGAGAAAGCUGUGGUACAACUUGGCAAUUGCCGAGAAAUCGCUGGGGCUUUCUGUCGUCACCGAUGAAGCUAUCGAGCAGAUGUCCAAGCACCUCGAAAUCACGGACGAGGAAAUCGAGGCCGCCAAAAAGGAGGAGGCCAUUGUCAGACACGACGUGAUGGCCCACGUCCACGUUUUCGGCGAAACCUGUCCUGCUGCUGCCGGAAUCAUCCAUUUGGGAGCCACCUCGUGCUACGUUACAGAUAACGCGGAUCUGAUUUUUCUCAGGGACGCGUACGACGUUUUGAUCCCCAAACUUGUGAAUGUUAUCAACAGACUGGCCAAAUUUGCUCUGGACCACAAAGACCUGCCAGUGCUUGGCUGGACUCAUUUCCAGCCCGCCCAGCUGACGACUGUCGGGAAAAGAGCAACUCUGUGGCUCCAAGAGCUGCUCUGGGACCUCAGAAACAUGCAGCGUGCCAGAAAUGACAUCGGACUGCGCGGAGUCAAGGGAACUACCGGUACCCAGGCCUCUUUCCUGUCUCUUUUCCACGGAGACCAUGACAAGGUCGAGGCCUUGGACGAAAAGGUGGUGGAGCUACUAGGAUUCGAGUACGCGUACCCUUGCACGGGGCAGACCUACUCACGUAAAAUCGACAUCGACGCCCUGCACCCACUAUCGUCUUUGGGCGCCUCGUGUCACAAGAUGGCCACCGAUAUAAGAUUGCUGGCCAACCUAAAAGAAAUGGAAGAGCCGUUUGAAAAAAGCCAGAUCGGGUCGUCUGCCAUGGCCUACAAAAGGAACCCGAUGAGGUGCGAGCGUGUGUGUUCGCUGUCGCGUCACUUGGGUUCGUUGUACCAGGACGCAUUCCAGACGGCGUCCGUGCAGUGGUUUGAGAGAACGCUGGACGACUCUGCCAUCAGAAGAAUCUCAAUUCCAGAGGCUUUUCUGACGGCAGACAUUUUGCUUUCGACGCUGCUGAAUAUUACUUCCGGCCUCGUGGUGUACCCGAAAGUGAUUGAGCGCCGUAUUAAGGCAGAACUGCCCUUCAUGGCGACCGAGAACAUCAUCAUGGCGAUGGUGGAGCAGGGUGCUUCGCGGCAGGAGUGCCACGAGGAGAUCCGCGUGCUCUCGCACCAGGCAUCGGCAGUGGUCAAGCAGGAAGGCGGCGACAACGACUUGAUUGAGAGAAUUAAGAGCACAGACUACUUCAAGCCUAUUUGGUCGCAAUUGGACAAAUUACUCGACCCGUCCACUUUUGUUGGUCGUGCCCCACAACAAACUGAAAAAUUCGUAAACGUCACUGUUGCAAACGCACUGGAACCAUACCGGUCGCUUAUCAACGAGGAGCACGUUCAAUUGGCCGUCUAGAAUAGAGUUGGACACAAAGGUGACUGCUGCAAAGGGUGGGAGUCAUCGCAUUUCUAUUGUUUUAGGUGCAAGAAACAAUACGGAGUUCACUCCGUGCUCAAUUUGCUGCUCUGUAAAUUUUUUUUACUCAUGACUAAAAAAAAAAUCGCUGCCCCCUCGUCAUUGGCGGCACGUCAUGUGCUCCCAUUUACUAGUGCAGACAUUUUUAUUAGCAUCAAAUUCCCUUUUUUCCUAAUCAUCUUUUAUCAUCUUUUAUAAUAACUUCGAUGGCCCAGGUCGAGGAUUAUUCGUCGCUGCACAGAUUGCGGAAAAAUUCCGAGAUUCUGUCCAAUGCAAACAAGAUCCUGGUGGCCAAUAGAGGCGAGAUUCCCAUUAGAAUCUUCAGAUCUGCCCACGAGCUCUCCAUGCAGACAGUUGCUAUCUACUCCCACGAGGACCGACUGUCGAUGCACAGAUUGAAGGCCGACGAGGCCUACGUCAUAGGAGCUAGGGGCCAGUACUCCCCUGUUCAGGCGUACUUGCAGAUUGACGAGAUUAUCAACAUCGCCCUUGAACACAACGUCUCCAUGAUUCAUCCCGGUUACGGCUUUUUGUCUGAAAACUCAGAAUUUGCCCGGAAAGUUGAGGACAGUGGCAUGAUUUGGAUUGGCCCGCCCCACAACGUCAUUGACGCUGUUGGAGACAAGGUCAGUGCCAGAAACCUGGCCGGCAAGUGCAACGUUCCCGUGGUCCCUGGAACAGACGGCCCAAUUGACAGCGUUGAGCAGGCCCAGGAGUUUGUGGAUAAGUAUGGCUAUCCAGUGAUUAUCAAGGCCGCUUUUGGUGGAGGUGGACGUGGUAUGAGAGUGGUUCGCGAGGGCGAGAGCAUUGCUGACGCUUUCCAAAGAGCCACCUCCGAAGCCAAGACCGCUUUUGGAAACGGUACCUGUUUCAUUGAGCGGUUUUUGGACAAGCCAAAGCACAUUGAGGUGCAAUUGCUGGCCGACAACUACGGCAACGUUAUCCACCUUUUUGAAAGAGACUGUUCCGUGCAGAGAAGACACCAGAAGGUGGUUGAGAUUGCCCCAGCCAAGACGCUUCCUGUCGAGGUCAGAGACGCCAUUCUGACUGACGCAGUGAAACUGGCUAAGGCUGCCAACUACAGAAACGCUGGUACUGCAGAGUUCCUUGUUGACAACCAAAACAGACAUUAUUUCAUCGAAAUCAACCCUAGAAUCCAGGUCGAGCACACCAUCACUGAGGAGGUCACCGGAGUCGACAUUGUUGCUGCUCAGAUUCAGAUCGCUGCCGGUGCUUCAUUGCAGCAACUGGGUCUGUUGCAGGACAAAAUUACCACCAGGGGAUUUGCCAUUCAGUGCAGAAUUACCACCGAAGACCCUGCCAAGAACUUCCAGCCAGACACAGGAAAAAUCGAGGUGUACAGAUCUUCGGGUGGAAAUGGUGUGAGACUGGACGGUGGUAAUGGAUUUGCAGGCGCCAUCAUUUCUCCCCACUACGAUUCCAUGUUGGUCAAGUGCUCCACGUCUGGCUCAAACUACGAGAUUGCCAGAAGAAAGAUGAUCAGGGCUUUGGUUGAGUUCAGAAUUAGAGGUGUCAAGACCAACAUUCCUUUCCUGCUGGCUCUUCUGACCCAUCCAACGUUCGUUUCUGGCGACUGCUGGACGACAUUCAUCGACGACACUCCUUCGUUGUUCGAGAUGGUGCAAUCCAAGAACAGAGCUCAGAAGUUGCUCUCGUACCUUGCCGAUCUCUGUGUCAACGGAUCGUCGAUCAAGGGCCAGAUUGGUCUGCCAAAGCUGACCAGAGAUGCUGACAUCCCGGUGAUCCACGACAUUAACGGCUGGGAUAUCGAUAUCAAGAACACUCCUCCUCCAGAAUCCUUUAGACAAUACCUUUUGGACUACGGUCCUGAGCAAUUUGCCAACCAAAUUAGGGCUUUCGAUGGUUGCUUGAUCAUGGACACUACCUGGAGAGACGCUCACCAGUCGCUUCUGGCAACCAGAGUUAGAACCAUAGACUUGUUGAACAUUGCUCCGGCUACGGCCCAUGCCUUUAGAUACGCCUUCGCCCUGGAAUGUUGGGGAGGUGCCACUUUCGACGUUGCUAUGCGUUUCUUGCACGAGGAUCCGUGGGACAGACUCAGAAAGCUGAGAAAAGCCGUGCCAAACAUCCCAUUCCAGAUGCUUCUGAGAGGAGCGAAUGGUGUGGCGUACUCGUCGCUGCCUGACAACGCCAUAGACCACUUUGUGAAGCAGGCUAAGGACGCCGGAGUGGACAUUUUCAGAGUCUUUGAUGCUCUGAACGAUUUGGAGCAACUGAAGGUCGGCGUCGACGCCGUCAAGAAGGCCGGAGGUGUGGUCGAAGCCACUGUUUGCUACUCUGGAGACAUGCUCAAGCCAGGCAAGAAAUACAAUCUCAAGUACUACCUGGAGACCGUCGACAAGAUUAUGGAGAUGGGCACCCAUUUGCUUGGUAUCAAGGACAUGGCCGGUACUUUGAAGCCGGCCGCGGCAAAGCUGCUGAUCAGCAGUAUCAGAAAGAAGUAUCCUUCUGUUCCUAUCCACGUCCACACCCACGACUCGGCCGGUACCGGUGUGAUUACCUAUGUUGCUUGUGCUCUUGCUGGUGCGGACGUUGUUGAUUGUGCUGUCAACUCGAUGUCGGGCCUGACAUCUCAGCCUUCCAUGAGCGCGUUCAUUGCUGCCUUGGACAACGAGAUCAACACCGGCAUUACCGAGCAGAAUGCCAGGGAGAUUGAUGCUUAUUGGUCCGAGAUGAGACUGCUGUACUCGUGCUUCGAGGCUGACCUCAAGGGUCCAGACCCAGAAGUGUACAACCACGAGAUUCCAGGAGGCCAAUUGACAAACCUGUUGUUCCAGGCCCAGCAGGUUGGUCUGGGCGAGAAGUGGCUUGAAACCAAGAAAGCCUACGAGGAGGCCAACAUGCUUUUGGGCGAUAUCGUCAAGGUCACUCCAACUUCCAAGGUUGUUGGUGAUCUGGCCCAGUUCAUGGUCUCCAACAAGCUUUCUCCAAAGGAUGUGGAGAGGCUGGCUUCGGAGCUGGACUUCCCAGACUCCGUGCUGGACUUCUUUGAGGGUUUGAUGGGUACGCCAUACGGCGGGUUCCCGGAGCCUUUGAGAACGAAUAUUCUUGCCGGAAAGAGAAGAAAGCUGACUCGCAGGCCGGGAUUGGAGCUCGAGCCAUUCGACCUCAAGAAGAUCAAAGAGGAGCUCCAGUCGAGGUUCGGCAACUCCAUUACCGAGUGCGACGUGGCCUCGUACAACAUGUAUCCAAAAGUGUUUGAGUCGUUCAAGAAGAUCCAGGAGAAGUACGGCGACCUUUCUGUGCUGCCUACGAGAUUCUUCCUUGCUCCUCCAAAGCUGAACGAAGAGAUCUCUGUGGAAAUCGAGCAGGGUAAAACCUUUGUCAUCAAGGUGAUGGCCAUUGGAGACCUGUCGCCGCAAACCGGCACCAGAGAGGUGUAUUUCGAGUUCAACGGUGAAAUGAGAAAGGUCACUGUCGAGGACAAGCUCGCCGCUGUGGAGACAGUCACGCGUCCUAAGGCCGACGCACACAACCCGAACGAGGUGGGGGCUCCUAUGGCCGGUGUGGUUAUCGAGGUGCGUGUCCAUCCUGGAGUCGAGGUCAAGAAGGGUGACCCAUUGUGUGUUCUGAGUGCGAUGAAGAUGGAGAUGGUUAUCAGCUCGCCUGUUUCUGGAAGAGUUGGCGAGGUGAUUGUGCACGAGAACGACAGCGUCGACGCUGGCGACCUGAUCUGCAAGAUUACGAAAUAAUAGUAACAAAGCUUUAAACGUUUAUAUUAUACAGCAUUAUUUGCGUCUCGCUCUGCGCUUUUCGUCGCUCUUCUUCUCCUCGACGAGCUGUUCGUACCGCGCGGCCAGCUCCUCGUACUCAGCCAUUUUGUCCUGCACUUUUUCGUCCUCGUGGCUGGCUCCCUGCCACACGUUGUGCGGGUCUGCCAGCAACUCCGCAGUGUGCUUGUUUUGCGACAGGAUC